AUGUCUGCUGAUGAAUUCAAAGCCGAGGGUAACAAAUUCUUCGCCGCCAAAGACUUCGAUAAGGCCAUCGAGCAGUUUUCCAAAGCCAUUGAAGCUUCUGAAGUGCCUAACCAUGUUCUCUACUCCAACAGAUCAGCUUGCUACGCUUCCUUGAAAAACUUCACUAAGGCAUUGGAGGACGCUGAAAAGUGUGUGGAGGUCAACUCUGAGUGGGCCAAGGGCUACAACCGUGUUGGUGCUGCUCAGUACGGAUUGGGUAACUUGGAUGACGCUAAGUCUUCGUACUCUAAGGCCUUGGAGUUGGACCUGGCUAAUGCUAUGGCCAAGAGCGGUUUGUCUGCUGUUGAGGAGGCCGAGAGAUCCCGUAAUGCCGAGGGCGACAUGGGCUUGGGCAAGAUGUUCUCUGAUCCAAACUUGAUCACCAAGUUGAAGAACAACCCAAAGACUGCUGAAAUGAUGAACGACCCUAACUUGGUCACCAAGGUUUUGCAGUUGCAGCAGAACCCAAAGGCUGGUAUGCAAACCAUGCUUUCUGACCCACGUAUGAUGACCAUCAUGGGUGUUUUGAUGGGCAUUGACUUGAACAUGUUCGAUAAGGAUGCUGCUCCUGGUGCUGCUGGUGGACCAGCUGAAGGCCAGCUGAGCAAUGAAUCCCUGGCUACUGCUGUUGAGGAGCCUACGCCAUCCACUGAGUCUAGGUCAGCUGAGUCUAAGUCAGCCGAGGAACCAAACAAGGCUGAAGAGCCAGCUGCCACUCAGUCUGAGGAUGUUGAAAUGGAGGAUGCUUCUUCCAAGUCCGAAGCCGAUGCCGCUAAGGCUCAGGGUAACACCUUGUAUAAACAGAGAAAGUUCGCCGAGGCUAUUGAGCAAUACAACAAGGCCUGGGAGCUCCAUCAGGAUAUCACCUACUUGAACAACAGAGCUGCCGCUGAGUUCGAGAACCAGGAUUACGAUGCUGCUAUCGCCACCUGCGAGAAGGCUGUGGAUGAAGGUAGAAGCAUGAGAGCUGACUACAAGCUUAUCGCCAAGUCUUUCGCUAGAAUCGGUAACUCUUACUUGAAGAAGGACGACUUGGAGAACGCCGCCAAGUACUUUGACAAGUCUUUGACUGAGCACAGAACUCCAGAUGUGUUGACCAAGUUGAGAAACACUCAAAAGGAGAUCAAGACCAGAGAAGCAGAGAGCUACGUCAACCCAGAGAAGGCCGAGGAAGCCAGAGUAGAAGGUAAGGAAUACUUCACCAAGGGUGACUGGCCAAAGGCUGUCCAGGCUUACACUGAAAUGAUCAAGAGAGCCCCAGAGGACGCCAGAGGUUACUCUAACAGAGCUGCUGCAUUGGCCAAGCUAAUGUCAUUCCCUGACGCUGUCGAAGACUGCAACAAGGCUAUCAAAUUGGAUCCAACUUUCAUUAGAGCAUACAUCAGAAAGGCCAACGCCCAAUUGGCCAUGAAGGAAUUCUCCCAUGUCAUUGACACAUUGACCGAGGCCCGUACCAAGGACCAGGAGUUGAACAACGGUAAGAACCUCAGUGAGAUUGACCAAUUGCUGAACAAGGCCAUGUCCCAAAGAUUCUCUUCCAUUGAAGGUGAAACUUCUGAGCAAACCAUGGAGAGAGUGUCUAAGGACCCAGAGAUUGUUCAGAUCUUGCAGGACCCAGUUAUGCAAGGUAUCUUGGGCCAGGCCAGAGAGAACCCAGCUGCUUUGCAAGACCACAUGAGAAACCCAGAGGUGGCCAAGAAGAUCAACACUUUGAUCGCAGCCGGUGUUAUUCGUACUCGUUAA